AUGGCCAGUGAAGGUCUUCCCAAGACUCAGGAUCUGUCCGACCCCGAAACACAGUAUAUUUUAGAGGGAAAUGCCAGAUUUCGUCGGCUAGGAUGGAAACGCCUCACAAUUAUCUCAAUAGUGGAGGCAAUUGCCCUAGGAAGCUUAGGUCUUCCUUCUGCAUUUGCCACUUUGGGCAUGGUUACUGGUGUCAUUCUGACAGUUGGUAUCGGGCUGGUCGCAAUGUAUGCAGGUUAUAACAUCGGCCAAGUGAAGCUGAAGUACCCCGAAGUAGGGCACUAUGCGGACGUUGGUCAGCUACUGCUGGGAAGAGUGGGAUCUAAGAUCUUCGUGGGUGCUUUUGUGGCUUUGCUGAUUUUUGUCAUUGGCUCGCAUUGCUUGACAGGUGCAAUUGCUUUCCAGACUAUCACUGAAAGUGAUGUGUGUUCGGUGGUAUUCAGUGUGGUCUCUGCAGCGAUUCUGAUGAUUCUCGCUAUCCCUCCGUCCUUUGCCGAAAUCGCAGUCCUUGGAUAUAUCGACUUUGCGUCCAUCAUCUUGGCUAUUGGGAUCACUGUGAUUGCAACUGGGAUUCAAAGCUCCAAUAAUACCGGCACCUUCUCUGUUGAACAUUCCCCGUGGUCUGCAUGGCCGAUAACCGGGAUCACAUUUUCACAAGCGAUUGUGGCCACCAACAAUAUCGUUUUCGCUUAUUCCUUCGCUGGCUGCUUGCCCUCGUUCAUGGAAGAUAUGCAUACCCCCGAGGACUAUGCCAAAACUCUUUGGUGGCUAGGAGGCAUCCAGAUAGCCAUAUACACUCUGACCGGAUCACUGAUUUACGCUUUUGUGGGACAAGGGGUGCAAUCUCCUGCACUGUUAUCUGCCGGACCAGUGAUCUCGAGAGUGGUUUUUGGAAUCGCCCUCCCAGUCAUCUUCAUCUCGGGCUCGAUCAACACAACAGUGGUGUGCCGGUACAUUCAUGGAAAGGUCUACCAUGACUCUGCCGCCCGCUUUAUUAACACCCGCAAGGGCUGGAUGACUUGGUUGGGCCUAAUAACUCUUGUCACAGUCUUGGCCUGGGUUAUUGCCGAAGCUAUUCCCAUCUUCUCGGAGCUACUGUCGAUCAUCUCGGCCCUUUUUGUGUCGGGUCUAUCUUUCUACAUUCCUCCGGUGAUGUGGUUUGUCCUUUUGAGAGAAGGGGCAUGGUAUGAUAAGCACAACCUGCAGCCCGCCAUUUGCAAUCUUGUUGUCUUCAUAGUCGGUAUAAUUGUUUUCGGGUGCGGUACUUACUCCAGCAUUAAGGAACUGGUUACCAAAUUUCAGUCGGGGGCCAUUACCAAACCGUUCACAUGUUGA